CUCAUGUUUUCUCGCAACGAAACGAUAUUUAGAGUUCAGCGUGUUGCGUUAUUAUUUGCAACCAAAUUUAGACAAAUAUUGCAGGAUUACAAAGCGUUUUAACUAAGCUGACACACGAGAACGUGGAUUUAUUAAAAUGGCAGAAGCUGACUGGGAUGAAGUUACAUAUUUGAGGAAGAGAGCACCAAAGGCGGGACAGCUGAAAUCGCAGCAGGCUAUUAAUGCUGCGCAAAGACAAGGACUACAGAUAGAAACCUCAAAAAAAUUUGCUGCUGCUAGCAAUAAACAGCAUUCAGCUGCUAAAAAUACUGCCAAGCUAGACCGUGAGACGGAGGAGCUGCAUCAUGAAAAAGUGGACCGCUCCAUGGCUCAAGUCAUACAGCAAGCCAGGCAGGCAAAGGGCUUGACACAAAAAGAUUUAGCAACAAAAAUAAAUGAAAAACAACAGGUUGUCAAUGAAUAUGAAUCUGGAAAAGCAAUCCCCAACCAACAAGUGAUUAGUAAACUGGAGAGAGCCUUAGGAGUUAAGCUACGAGGGAAAGACAUGGGCAAACCUCUUCAGCCCCCUGGUGGGAAGAAAAAAUGAAAUAAUAUGUCUUCUGAAGAGCAGCAAGAUGCACUUCCACAUGAUCUGAACUGGAUUGGAAAUACACAAACUAACUGUAUCAAACCAAAAAAGUUGCAUGUCAUGAUUAUUGUGAAAGGCGAUUUAAGCAUUUGUAUUGCCACAUAACAUCUGGAUACCAAUGUGCCUGUGAACCUGUUUUAACUUUUUUAAAAGAGCAAAAAUAUAGUACAAAAAACAUGAUACUGUUGUGGUUUUUUAGGGGGGGGUUCAAGAAACGUGAACUAUCAAAGAGAGCAAGUCAAUUUAAUCUCAGAAUUAGUUGUGCAUUUUGGUUGCAAGAAAAGCUUAUGUUUUGGUAAAAUAAGGGACACACUUUCAUAUAUCUGUGGAAAGAUUGCUCAGACAGAAGGGUUUUAUAUAAACUGUUAAUGUUACACGAUUUAAUAUUUUACUCUCAUCAACCUGAGCUAAUGCAUUGAACCAAGUUACAGUGGAACAUCACACGCUUGCGCUUAAACAGGUGGUCAGUUGUACAUUUUAUGUAUCUAUAUGUAUGCAGAAUUUAUGUUGGUUGCCAGGGACUCGUUUAUGCUUCUGAAACAUUUCGCCUGUUGGGUUUAUUCAAUGGCAGAAGCCUGUGCUUAUUGUGGAAAAUUGUCAGUUGUUAUUUAUUAUAAUUUUUUUUUCUGAAAUAAAGGAAUGGAGAACACAGUA